AUGGACCUUAUUAAGCGUAUUGAUUCACUAAUCUCUCCCUCUCUUCACGAGAUGGGGCUUUCCCUUGUGCGCAUUCAACUCAGCGGGAAAGAGCGCGUUAAAUUGCAAAUCAUGAUUGAACGCCAUGACGAUACACCUGUGAAUAUUGGAGACUGUCAACAAGCCUAUAAAACCAUUUCUACGUUAAUGGAUGUAGAAGAUCCCAUCAAAGGGUCUUAUACCUUAGAGGUCUCCUCGCCAGGUUUAGAUCGCCCUUUAGUCAAGCUAAAAGACUUUGAACGUUUCACAGGAAAUAGGGUUAAGCUGACAACACACACCCCUAUUGAGGAGAGAAAAAGGUUUUCUGGCCUGCUGCAAGGCGUCAAGGACGAAACUGUUAUUUUAGAGGUUGACCUUUCAGACGGAGAAAGCGCUGAACUUCAUGUUGAUUUUUCUAAUAUCCGUCAAGCAAACAUUAACUCGAGCAACAAUUAG